AUGCAAGAAACAGGUGUUAAGAAGCCAACCGUGGAUAUAAAAUAUGCUGCGAAAUUUGUGCGUAAGGUGGAGACUCGAUUUCAACGUGUUCAGCAGUGUCAUGUUUAUCCAUUGUUUCUGGACAUCCUAAAAUCAUAUACAGAAAACAAAAAAAGUCUUGAUGAUGUCAUUAUGGAGGUUAAUUUUCUUUUCAUAGGCCAUGAUGAUCUGAUUGACGACUUUACUAAUUUUCUUCCUUGAUUGUGCUCGUGAUAUGUAUGAGUUAUUUAAGACAAAUAAUAUUAUUGCAAAUGUUAAAAUUUAG